CUUACCGGAAGUCAUGGUUUUCUCUUGACCACCAUGCCACCUGCGAUGUAAGCAGGAAUACAUCCACGCAGAGGGAACUUUUUUGAACUGCAGUGACAACAGGAUGGAGGUUUCCAGGAGAAGAAUCCUCCAGAAGCAUCUGGAGCCAGCCAGACCACUGCGCCGCUGCGUCCCUGCUGACACCGAGCCCAACAUAAAUGCUGCUACGUGUGCACAGGCACUGAGGGCUGAGGAGGAGCAUGAGAUUUCUAUUGGAAUUGAGCAGUUCUGCAAGAUUGUUAACCUCCACAAAAAGAAAGAAGUAGUUAGAAUAUCUUACAGCAGAGAUGUUCUACUUGGCCUUUCAAGUUGUCCUGAAGCCAAGAAGAAGCCGCCAUUCUUGCCAGAGCACCCCAUAGUCCUAAUGGAAGCCAGACAUGCUGGGCCCCCUAACGCCUCAUGAAAUGAGGUUGAAUGGAGGAAAUGAAGACAUGGUGGCAGAAAGGCUUCACUCACCUUAACACAUUUGCACAGGGGUUGAAAACCUAAAAACUGUUAUUUUUCAUUUUUCUUAUUGUUCUGGGUGAAUUUAAUUUAACAUUUCUUGUCUAUUGCAUGUUUGUUCUUUUUGAAGUGAAAUUGUACCAAGAUAUAUGAGUAAAAGCCACUUUAUUUGCCUAAGUAUAAGUACUUCAUUGUAUUUACCUUUCUGAUGUGUGAGAUUUUGACUAGUGAAGUAUUUACAUUUUGUAAAAAUGUUUUAAAAAUAUAUUUAUGGCUACUAGACCGCUGAAUAAAAUAUUUUUUUGCAAAACUG